CCCCACGCCUCCUCUCUCUCUCUCUCCCCAGAUCCGCGCCUCGAAACAUUCAUCUCGUCUCGUCGGGCGAAGAAGCCCGACUUCCCACCCACUCUCCCCGUCUCCAGAAGCAGCAGCCGAGCCGCCGCCGACGAGCGGCGAUCGCCGGCGGUGGGUUGGGCUGGCGGCUAGCGGCGGAAUGGGGGUGCCGGAGGCGGUGGCGCUGGAGAUACCUGCGGCGGCGGAGGCCGAGGAGGAGGUUGAGGAGGAGGAGGGGUCGCCUUCGCCUCCGGUGGUGGCCAGGGUGCCGCCGCGGAUCAGGAGGCGGCUCCUCCUCCGGCACCGCGGGGGAGCGCCGGCCACCGCGGAGGAGAUCGAGGCCAAGCUCCGCGAUGCGGACCUCCGGAGGCAGCAAUUUCAUGAAGCGUUAUCGUGCAAAGCGAGGUGCACAGUCAGAUACCCUUCGUGUCCAUCUCAGGAGGAGGAUCCUAAGAAGCGCCUUGAAGCAAAGCUUGUGGCUGCCGAGCAGAAAAGGUUAAGCCUCCUGGCUAAGGAACAAAGUCGGCUUGCUAAGUUGGACGAGCUGCGUCAGGCUGCUAAGAAUGAUGCGGAGUUGAGGUUCAAGAAGGAGAGGGAGGAACUUGGCAUGAAAGUUGAAUCUAGAGUUCGGCAAGCGGAGGAGAAACGUACACAACUCAUGCAUGCUCGUUCGCAGAGGAGGGCUGCACUGGAGGAAAGAACAACAAAGUACCUUGUGCAGAGAGUGGCGUGGGAAAACAAGUACAGGGAGCGUGUACAUUCAGCGAUCCUGCAGAAGCGCACUGCAGCUGAGAAGAGAAGGACGGGGCUAUUGGAAGGUGAGAAAAGGAGAGCCCAGGGUAGGUUUUCACAGGUCCAACUUGCUGCCAGGACUUUAUCUUGCCAGAGAGAAGCUGACAGGAGCAAGUUAAAAGAACAACUAGAAGACAAACUUCAGAGGGCAAAGCGGCAGAGAGCUGAGUAUUUGAAGCAGCGAGGAAGUACUCACAGCUUUACAUACACCGCUUCAGUUAAACACGGUGAUUUUCUUUCAAGAAAUCUGGCAAGAUGCUGGAGAAGAUUCAUAACAUCUAGGAAGACAACAGUGGUGUUGGCUAGGGCCUUUGACAUGCUAAGAAUAAAUGAGGAAUCUGUUAAGCCUAUGCCAUUUGAAAAACUAGCUCUUUGCAUUGAAUCUCCCACAGUUCUUCAGACCACAAGGGCAUUUCUUGAUCGCUUGGAGAGUCGUUUUACUUUAUCUCAGUCAUCAAGUCCAUCAUCACCAGAAAAUAUUGAUCAUCUGCUCAAGCAUCUGGGAUCACCAAAGAGGACUCUAUCAAAAAGUGGGGGAAGAACUAGAGUGACACCAACAAAGGCAGCUAGAAAUUCAGAUGUUAGCAAGUUACCUAGAUAUUCACCGAGGAUAGUUCUUUGUGCUUACAUGAUACUAGGUCACCCAAGUGUUGUUUUUAAUGAACGAGGUGAGCGAGAGAAACUACUUGUGGAGUCAGCAGAAAACUUUGUGAAGGAAUUCGAACUGCUGAUUAAGACAAUACUUGAUGGGUCAAGUGGUGCAUGCAUACUGAAACAGCCAAUACUAGAUGAUCUGUCUCCUGGAUCUUCUAAUUAUCAGGAAUCUUCUGCCGUUGUUGCUGAUCGGAAGAAAUUCAGAUCUCAGUUGGCUUCUUUUGACAAAGCUUGGUGUGCCUAUCUUUACCACUUCGUGGUGUGGAAAGCAAAAGAUGCAAAGUCACUAGAGGAAGAUCUUGUCAGAGCUGCAUGCAAACUUGAGCUAUCAAUGAUGCAAACAUGUAAAUUUACCGCUGAAGGCCAACCAGAGAACCUUAAUGAUAAUUUAAAGGCCAUCCAGAAAGAGGUUAUGGUAGACCAGACACUUCUAAGGGAGAAGGUUCGGCACUUGGGUGGUGAAGCUGGUAUUGAGCGGAUGGAAGUUGCUUUAUCAGAAGCAAGGACAAAGUUUUUUGAAGCAAAGGGAAACAGGAGCCCCUUGGCAACAACUAUAAAAAAUGUAGCAGCUACAUGUUCUUCUGGAGAAUCUCCUAUUUCUGACAUGAAGGAGAAUUCCAACAUUAAUGAUAAAAGGCCAAGUCAGGCUGUCCAAUCUAUGUUCAGAGUUCCCUCUUCACCAUCUGAAAGUAACACAGCAGGCAUCACCAUGAGUAAUCCAAUGACAGUGAGCAGCACUCUGUCAGAAAAACGGCCAACAGAGAACGAGCAGAUGGUCAAUGAGAUUCUUCAUGGUUUUCUAGCUGACAGCUCUAGUAAUAUUGGGACUGUUGAGGGUGGUUUCAAGGAAAAAGUAAGGGAAACAAUGGAGAAAGCUUUCUGGGAUGUGGUUGUGGAUUCACUUAGAGGAGACAUGCCAGACUACAGCUAUCUGGUUCAGCUGGUAAAGGAAGUCAGGGAUACAUUGUAUGAGAUGGUUCCUAAAGGUUGGAAAGAAGAAAUAAUCAACAAUAUUGACCUUGAAAUUUUGUUGCAGGUACUUGAAUCGGGCACCCAGGACAUGCAAUAUUUGGGACAGAUUUUGCAGUACUCUCUGGGUAUGCUGCGAAAACUAUCCUCUCCUGCAAAGGAAGACGAAAUGAAGAGAAGCCAUGACAAAUUAUUGGGUGAAUUAACUGAACACUCUGAGUGUAAUAACAGUGGUUCAAAUUCAUUUGUAAUUGCUGUUAUCAAAGGUUUGCGCUUCACCAUGGAAGAACUAAAGGCUCUGAAGACAGAAGUCAGUAGAGCACGUAUCCAACUAUUAGAACCAAUUAUAAAGGGCUCAGGUGGAGUGGAAUACCUGCAGAAGGCUUUUGCUGAUCGCUAUGGAUUCCCGUCCAAUGCAUCAGUUGCUCUCCGUUCAACUGCUCAGUGGAUUUCCACAUCAAAAGAUACCGUGGAAGUAGAAUGGAAUGAGCAUGUCAGCUCUUUUUCAGCUCUGCCAGAAACCGAUCAUGCUCAGCCAUUUGUUGCCACCCUCCGAUCAGGUCAUGGAGUUCCAGAUCAGCGACAGUCUACAAUACCUGUGUCAGAUGAUACGGGGCUACCAGAGUGCACGGGGCAAAGGCUUGACCAGCUAAUAAGGAUUGGGUUGUUACAGCUCAUCAGUGGCAUAGAGGGUGUGCAAAUGCAGUCAGUAACUGAGACCUUCAAGCUCAAUUGGUUGAGGCUGAGGUCUGUACAGAGUCAAUUCCAGCAAGUGAUUGUAAUUGCAACAAGCAUGCUUGUGCAGCGUCAAGUUUUGGCGACCGACGACCCAAACAUCACUCCCACAGAGCUGGAAAGCGCGACAUCACAACUGUUCAACACUCUCGCAGAGCUACUGGACAACUUCCCCGACGUUAGCACCGCCAAGAUCAUGGAGGUGAUGCUCCGUUCGUCGUCGUCGUCGUCAUCAGGCUCGACAACCGGCUCUCCAUCAGAUGAAAGAACCGAGAGCAGGAAGCAGAUACUGGCCAGGGUCUUCCUCAAGAGCCUCCAGACCGAUGACCCCGUCUUCAAGAAGGUCUCCCGGUCCGUCUACUGUGCGUUCCGCGCGAUCACCCUCGGUGGCAGCGGUGCCAGGGGACGGAAGCUCGCCGACGCCGCCCUGAGGCGCAUCGGCGCGACGAAGCUCACCGACCGGGUGGUGAGAUCGGCCGAAAUCCUCAUCAGGGCCGCGUCCAUUUCACAGCAGGUCCACGGCCCUUGGUACAAUCACUUGGUGUGAUUCAUGGUGGAAAAGCUAGUGAAAACGGCGUCGUUUGAGCAAUCUGAACCGCUAAGCGUUCGUGUGAAGAACCGAAGAUCUCGUCUUGUUUACUUGUUAGUAGUGGCAAGGCAGAUGGUAGAUUGGUACGUGAGCAAUGCCCUGCUGCUUUGUGUGAAUAAAUAAAAGAGAUGGUACUGUACUAUGCUUGUAUCUGAAAUCCUGAACAAUGUGUGCGUGUGUGGUGGUGUUCAUACGUGUGAUCAAAUCUAUGCUUGUAUAUAUACGAAACUUAAAAA